AUUUGCUACAUACUUCUUCACCUUUUAAACUCCGCCCAUUGAAGUAGUUGCAUGGUUCUUUUUACAUGACAAGCAACCCUCACACACUCUGCCUUAAUAUAUACACUAUUUCUUUUCUCUUUGUUUGGCCUCAGAAGAAAGAUGGGUGUGGGUGGAUCUCACAAAGCAAUGAGCAGCAGUAGCAACAGAGGAAGACCGUAUGGGUUGAUGUUGCUUUUGGCAUUUGGAGCUGCAUUGCUCGGAGUAAUGGUACUGCACAAGCUCCGGGAGAGACGCAUCUUCACCCUCCUGGUCAAAGAAAAGGACCAUCAACUCAUCUCCCUUCAGCUUCUCUUGCAGAAGGAAAAGGAAUAUAACAAAGAUUUGAAGAACAAAAAUGAAGAGAUUAAAGCAAAGAUGUACACCCUCAGUACCCAAAAGAUGGAGCUUGACAGAAGGCUUCUCGAGAUGCAGUCUACAGUUGAUUCCCUAAAAGAUGAACAGAAAACCUUGGAGUCUGCAUUGGAGGAGAUGAAGAAUGAGAUCAAAAUGCGGAGAGAAGCUGAAAUAGCUUCAGCUAAAGAAAACUCUCAAUUGACAGCUCUAAAAGAAAGCUUGAAGCAAAAGGAAGCUGAAAUUGAGGAUUUGAAGCGCGCUGUUGGAUUCCUCAUAGAAGCGCCUGCAAAUUUGACUGAUUUGAGUAGAGAAAAGGACGGACAGUCAAGUAAUUACAUUGAUGUAAUGCAUGUUGAGAACUCAACAAGAGUUGAAGAUGGAAGUAUUAAGGGGUUGACAGUUACUAAUAUCAGGGAAAUGACAGUUGAACAGUUGCCUGAGGUUGAGAUUUCUCAAGAAGAUGAUUUUAAGAAUAGUGUUGUCAGAGAAAGCGUCCAUGAAGGUGGUUCUGAUGUAGGAAAGCAAAUGAACAUCAAUAAUUUGAUGGAGGCAAAUGUUAAUGCUGAUGAAAACGUUUCAAAACUAGGAGAGAAAAAUAGCAAUGGAGAUUACCGUAAUGAAACUGAAAUUACCGAACACAGGGUGCUAAGGAAAGCAGAAAAUUCUCAAGAUGAGAGCCAAGAAGUUCAAACGAAUUCUAAAGGUGGGAAGAAGUUAGAGAUUCUAGAUUCCAGGAUUGAUGCAGGUUCAAGAUUGAGAGGGAAACAUAGCCAUGUAGGUAGAACAAAGGGAAAGAGAUGGAGAAUGCUUGCUAGAAGAAGAGAUCCUGAAUACGAUAGACUACUGCCAAGCAUGAACCGAAGGUUUCAUAGACUUGAUCGAAAUAUAUUAAAGAGCAAGAGAGAAAGUCGAAUUUCUAAUGACAGAAUUGGGAAAGGAGAGACGAGAGCAAUGGAUGAAAAACCUGAGGAAGUAAGAAAGGCAGUGGAUUCUGAAGAUCCGGAAAACAGAGACGAGGGGGCUGAACCACAGAAAUUGCUGGUGGAGCAAGAAAAUGAAAUGUUGAAGUCCCAUGAUUCUACAGACAUGAAAUUGCAGAGGAAUACAACUGUUAAUGAUGAACUCACUAAAACUGUAAGUUAUGCUGAGAAACAGAAAGCGGGUAAAUUCAGGCAUCCAGAAGAAGAUGAAGAGGGCAAUGGCACUGUACAAGAGGUGAGUAGCGGGAACAACCAUGAAGAAGAAAACAUAGGUAAACAAGUAAAAGAUGACAACAAACAUGAAUUAACCGAUGACAUGCAGGUUGAAGAUAUUCAAGCAAAAGAGGCUGAAUCAAUUGAUGGUGAUUCUGUCAGGGAAUCUAAUUCCGAUCCGGAGGAGGAUAAAGAACAGUACAAGGAGGAAAUAGACGAGUCCGAAUUUUAGUUAAAUACUAAAUCUUAAAAUGUUUUUUCUCUUUUUCUUUUUUCCAUUCCAGUGUGCCUGCAGUGUUAAUGGUAGAUAAAACUAAAUAUCUGUUUUCUUAGCAAUCAAAUUGCAUCCCUGACAGACAUUUAUAAAAAUAAGUACAUUCCGUUAAAA